AUGAGGGUCGGCAUUCUGCUGCUCGUGGCCACAGUGGCACAGGCAGCGUCCACAUCCGGCUUGAACUCGUCUUCUCUGACAGCCCUCAUGGCGAGAGUCCCACAUUGCGCAAUAGGAUGCUUACUCGAUGGAUACCACUCCGCCCACUGCCCCAUUGACAAGAUUACAGACUGCGUCUGCACCGACAUCCCGUUGCAGGCCCGCAGUUCUCAGUGUGUACAGCAGUCAUGCGACUUCAACGACCAAAUUGCCACCGUCAACGUCUCUCAAGAGUUGUGCAAGGACUACCCCAUUGAAGAGCAAUCACGACCUGCCAAGUUCUUCUCCGUUGCCCUUCCUACCAUGACUCUCGUGGUUGUGCUACUUCGAUGUGUUGCCCGCAUACAGGUCGCCAGUCGGUUAUGGUGGGACGACGGUGCGGCUUUGAUGGCCAUGGCAAUUUUGAUAGUAAUAUCCGGUCUCGGCUACGCAAAUGGAGACUUGGGGUUCGGACACCACUAUUGGAAUAUCGACCCUGCAAAUAGCAAGACGAUCCUGCAGAUCAUUUACGUCUUGCAGAUGCUCUACAUCUUCGUGCAAGGAUUUGCCAAAAUUUCCAUUGCCUGCUUCUAUUAUCGUGUCUUCACCGGGAAGACCUUCCGCCUCAAGAUCAACAUCUUCUUGAUUUUCCUCACCACGCGCAGUCUCAUGUUUCUACUUCUCGUCAUUUUCCAGUGUACUCCGAUCCAGUCCAUCUGGAACCGGGCUAUUCCGAGUCAAUGUCUCAACCUCUCCGCUAUCAGCUCAGGCGGCGCGGCCUGCAGCAUUCUUGAAGAUAUUGUCCUUAUCAUUCUCCCCGUUCCGGAGCUUAUGAGACUCCAGCUAGAUAAGAAAAAGAAGGUCGCUUUGUUCGGCAUGUUCGCCCUGGGAUCCUUUGCAUGUGUUGCCAGCAUGAUCCGACUCAAACAACUGGUCUAUUUUGCUCAUACGUUCGAUCCUACGUGGGACUACGUCGGCGUCAUAGACUGGUCCUGCGCCGAGCUCAACGCCGCCGUGAUGUGCAGUAGCCUCCCAGCCCUACGGCCGCUCUUCGUCAAAGCCCUGGUCCUCGUUUCUUCACGGACAUGGAGCGGCCGGGCCACAUCCGCCGGUGACAAGUCUCACCAGCACCAACAACGGCAUGGUUUCGCAAUGGCCAACAUCGGCUCGCACCCUUCGAGGUCCCACCAAGCAAGCGCCCAAUCGUGGCCCAAGGAUGUGGCACAGAAGCCUAUCAGGCUGGAUUCGCUUGAAAUAGAGUCCGCGGCGCCGAGUGAGGGGAAGUCAUCCCCCUAUUGUUUGGAGGCGGCGAUCGAGCGAAAUGGUAGCGACUUGGACAGCGGGCCUUGGUCCGCGAGUGCAGCCUCGACGACGUUUAUUGAGGAGCAGAUGGAAGAUUCGAGCAUUAAGAAAUAG